GAAAAACACUCUGAAAACGCCUUUAUCCUCUUCCACUUUUUUACCCGUCAAUGCCAAUAUCAGACCAAGAUUGUACCUGGGUUCCGUGAUUGCUGAAACCAGCAAGGAGGAUGCCAUGGAGCCGGAAGUGAAAGAGGAGGACGAACGAAGGUCGUCCACGCCGAGUCCCGAGAUAUAUAUAAGAAGAAAUAAACGUUACAAUGAGGGUGGAAGUAGCGAAGAAGAUAGCAAACCGGAUACAUCCCUACAAGGUCAUAGAAUACCGUCUUCUUAUCGAGGAACUUGGCCCAUCAGAAGAGACAUAUGGGCUAAUCAACAAAUGGGAUUUUCCACUCAACAAGGCACAUCAACCACUGUACAUAACGAUAUAGCUAGCGUGAUGAGCUUUUCUUCAAAUUCGGGUGGGGCUUUCGGCUGUUCUACGGAAAUACAAGGAGAUCGAAGAUUAGGAGCAAAAGUAGACGUGGUGUACAAUCUAUUGGGAAUGUUAGGCAGUACAGAGGGCCGGGAAGAUAUGAGUGCAACGUUACUCUCAAUGAGUAAUUCGAUAGAUAAUUGCCUCAUAAUGAGACAAUCAGGAUGCCUGCCAUUGUUGGUACAGUUAAUUCACGCUCCAGGACAAGAUCCAGAAACCAGAGAAAAAGCAUCAAGAGCUUUGCACAAUAUAGUAUACGCUAAAAGUGACGAAAGGGCAGGACGUAGAGAAGCAAGGGUUCUUCGAUUUUUAGAACAGUUACGAGAUUAUUGUCAAGCACUGAGAACGUCUCUGCAAACGGGACAGAUUCCUGAUGAUUUAGAAAGACAUCCUGGACCGACUAUAGCAGCAUUAAUGAAACUUUCCUUCGAUGAAGCUCAUCGUCACGCCAUGUGUCAACUCGGUGGACUUCACGCGGUCGCAGAACUAAUCGAGAUGGACCACAUGGCACAUGGAAGCGAAUGCGAUGACCAAAAUUGUAUCACUUUACGUAGAUAUGCUGGAAUGGCUCUGACUAAUUUGACUUUCGGCGAUGGAAAUAAUAAAGCAUUAUUAUGCUCCUUCCGGGAGUUCAUGAAGGCACUAGUCUCGCAGUUGAAGAGUCCAAGCGAUGAUCUUAGACAAGUAACAGCAUCUGUAUUAAGAAAUUUGUCGUGGCGAGCUGAUACCAGUAGCAAACAAACAUUAAGGGAAGUAGGAGCUGUGACUGGUUUAAUGAAGGCUGCGAUGGAAGGUAGGAAAGAAUCAACGCUCAAAUCGAUAUUGUCUGCAUUAUGGAACUUAUCGGCACAUUGUAGUACGAAUAAGGUAGACAUUUGCGCCGUGGAUGGUGCACUAGCAUUCCUCGUGGAUAUGUUGAGUUACAAAGCACCGUCUAAAACUUUAGCUAUUGUAGAAAACGCUGGUGGUAUAUUGAGGAAUGUAUCUAGCCAUAUCGCCGUUAGAGAAGAUUAUCGAGCCAUUGUAAGAGAAAGAGGAUGUUUGCAAGUAUUAUUGCAACAAUUACGAUCACCUAGUUUAACCGUUGUUAGUAAUGCCUGUGGAGCUCUAUGGAAUCUUUCUGCUCGAUGUCCACAAGAUCAGCGUUUAUUAUGGGACUUAGGCGCCGUUCCAAUGCUUCGUAGUCUAAUUCACUCCAAGCACAAAAUGAUUUCAAUGGGUUCAAGUGCAGCCUUAAAGAAUUUGCUAAGUGCCAGACCAGGUUCCAACAACCUUGUUCACUUAGAUUCAACAGCACGCGGAUUAGGCCUUCCAACUUUACCAACUCUAGUUGCUCGCAGGCAAAGAGCUUUAGAGCAAGAAAUAGAUCAAAACUUAGCAGAAACUUGCGAUAAUAUUGAACCUAGCACAUCACCUACUAACAAAGACGACAAGUUUUCAUUCAAGGUUGAACACAGCUUCUUAGGGAUCAAUACGCGUAGUCUACGCUCUUAUCAGUUGCACAACCAGCCCAGCACAUCUAAUAUCAAAUGUAACGGAGUCGCCAGAAGUGAGAGUAGGGACUCUAUGCGUUCUAUAACAAGUACACACUCUGAUACUAUGUUCGAAAGAGUAAAUCGACAUGUAUUGAACGGAUUAUCUCCCACUGAUAUUCAAAUAAAACAGCAAUCUUCAUCGUUGCAUUCUGCAGUCGGUUUUGAUAGUGGAAUAUCCACCGAUGUUCAUUCGAAAACAUCUUCAGAGAAAAAAUAUACAUUACGCUACAAAAAUGCCAUCCCAGAUCGUUUGAAAUCAUCAGAUUUUAAUGCUCUUGGUGAUCUUAGAUGUACUAACUCUACUAUUUCCUGGUCUUCUGCUCCAGAUCAAGAAUCCACUUGUUCACAAAAUUUAUUACAUUCUUCUGUAGAAGACAAUUUGCCACAAAGCAUCUCGUCUAUUCUAAAGACUGGCAGUCAAUCCAGUAUUUCAGAAGAAACGGAAUUAAAUACUUGCACAAAAACAGAAUAUGUGACUACAAAGACUGGGAUAGAAACUUCGUUAUCUUUUGUUAAUAGUAACUCUCCUGUAAAAGAUACUAUCAGCUUUGAAAAUGUCUAUGAUAAGAGUGUAUUACACCAACGUAAUUCAUUAAAUAGUAUACAACAAACUAUUUCACCAACUGUAAACCAUCGAACAGAAGGAACUUUGUUUAGUGAUUAUGCCGUGACCGAUUUAGAUCAACCGACUGACUAUAGUUUGCGUUAUGCGGAACGAAGUUUAGAAGACGAAGAAAAACCACAUUCCCAUUAUUUUACAAACAAUGAUCAGGAACUUAUUCAUGAAGAUACAGUGAAGACUUAUUGCACAGAAGGAACACCACAUGGAACAUCCUUGAAUUCUUCUAGAGCAGCAUCUGCUUCUGACUUACAAGAAGAUACUCGGCAGAGAAAUUUAUUGAAAAAGAUUCAAGAGCAAGGUAAAUUACAAGAUAAGGAAGAAAUGAAUUUAGAAACAAGUAUCAAGCACAAUAAUAUUGAAGAGGAUAAUCAUACUGUGCAAAAUCCAUUAAGUUCGAGAAGUACUCUUACACAAAUAUCUUCAAAUAAUUUACAAUAUGAUGAAAGUAAUAAUAUGACGUCCAAUUCGACUAAAAAUAAGCCUGAUAUGAAAAAGAAUUAUGAUACUCAAAGUGGCAUGUUUGAAAAAAAUGAUAAAUUCGAUAAAAAUUAUCCCAACAAUGGAGUUAAUUCGUACGUGACCAGUGCAUUGAAAGCUUCUAAUGAUUCAGGAUGUAAGGAAUUUGAACUAAAAGGAGAUACCCGUAACAUGCCUUAUAUAUUAAAUAUAAACAACUCUUCCGAAUGUUUAGAUCAAGUCAGUGAUGGUGAUGAGGAUGAUGAAGAUCUACUUACAGCUUGCAUUAAUAUUGGAAUGCAAAAUAAUAGGCACAGGCAUUCUUUUAUUGGAAAUAAUUUUGAAAAAGUUCCACGAAAUGAAAGUAACUUAGCUCGAUAUCAAACUAGUAUUGCAUUAGAUCAAAUGGAAUGUAACUCAUUAAUCGAUUCUACCAUAAACAGUCUUGAUAUAAAACAAUUGGAAUCUGAAGAAACAAUAAAUUCCGAAAUUUCUAUAGAUAAUGUUAUUGAUAAUUCAUCAAAAAUGAAUAUUGUAUCAAAUUAUAGUCAAAGUACAGCUAAAUUUAUGCAAGAGGAAACAGAAUCUAAAAUUUCAAUACAACAAUCAAAUCAAGUUUUACAGAAUGAAUUAGGCAAAAUAAAAAAGACAGAACACAAUUCAUUAUUAUGUGAUGAUAGACUAUGCAACUUUUCAUUGCCUUCGAAUUUAAGAAAUAGUCCAAUAUUACAUGAAACAGUAAUAUUCAAUACAGAACCAUCUCAACAACAAUAUUUAUCUAGUAUCGAUACCCAUUCAAACGAAGAUAUGUCAUCUUUGAUUCAUAAUGAUCUUAUUGAUAAUGAUCAAAAUAUAGAUGAUGAUUCAACUAAGUGGGAAAAUGAUAAAGUAUUAGAAUCCAUAGAAAAUAAAAAUAUCGAGAAUCCAUCUAUGGAACAAUCUUAUUCAAAAGUAACAAAUUCAGACAGCAGCGAAUCGAUUGAUUCUGUAGAACAAUCCGAACAUGCGCUUUUAGAAUUAUGCAUACAACCUGCAUUAGCUAAAACUAUGGACAAUAUUCAACUAAAUAAAACUAUAGUGAAUAAAAAUAAGGAUGAAUUUGAAGAAAAACAAAAUAAAACAAAAAUUAGUAAUGAUGAAAUUAAUAAAACAUAUAGCGAUAUAUGUGAGAUAGAUGGUAUUAAGAAGGAAGAAAUUGAUUUAAAACACAAAUUAAUACAAAAAUCUACAGAUUCAACAAAAUAUGUAGAGAAAGAAGAUGUAUAUCGACGUCAGAGAGAUCCUGAUGCCAUGAUUGCUUCGUUAGAUCGAUUAACUGCAACUUUAGUGCAGCAAACAGAAGCAAUUCGAGAACGAGAUUCUAAUGCGAUGAAACAAAGUGUAUUGAGUGAUACAUGGAACGAGGAUUCUCCUAAUGAUGUCUCUUUUCCUAGUAUCAGCAUUAGUGCUCCCAUAAUUGCUUCGUUUAAGAGCGAUGUAGCAGAAGAACAAGGUACGAUUACCUCAGAGUGUUAUGAAACAAUAAGCAGUGAAAGUGGUCCUAUGUCGAAUUCAAAAAUUAUUCAAAGAGAAGCAAUUAAAUUGGCUGAAGCAGUGGAUGCAGAAAUGAACAGACAAAAUGAGUUAGAUACAACUAGUAUGACAUCUAUGGACUUAGAUGCAAUUAAACCUCCUUCUUCUAUGGGGAGUUUAUUAUCACUAACUGCUAGCUACGCAGGUUCAGGUGAUUGUAGCGAGUCAUUCAUUAAUCGAGAUAGAUGUAAUUCUGCGUCUUUACCUCCGAUUCAAGUGAAAAAUGUUUCUUUGACGGAUUCCCGAAAUAAUCGUAAGAAAUCACUUCCUCUAGGUGUAGUAGCUAAAAGAGCUCUUAAUCAAAGCCAAAAUCAUACUGGCAGUUUAGAAAACUUGUUAAAUGAAUGUACUGGUUCGCAUUUAGACAGUGUUAAACCACCAUCAAUGUUAGAUGAAUUACCAGAUGUUGGCGAUAUGGAAAAUAGUAUGUUAAGUGUGGCAAGUAUUACAUCAGAAGUGGCGGAUUCUAAAGAUCAAGACUCGCAACACUUAAGUGGAAGCGAUGCUGCAUUUGAUUUAUUAAGACCUGUUGCAAAUGUACUUUCUAUGACAUGUAUGCGAUAUGCUGAAGCUAUGCAGAAUAGUGCAAAUAAUAGUUUGAGCGAAUGCUUGGAAAAUAUCAAUCCGCCUUCAUUAUUCAACGAAGUCUGCGAAAUGGAUGAAUCGACAGUGGAACAAGCAUCAGAGACAAUAUGCAGUGACACAUUGUGUAUUGACGCGGAAUUACAUACUGAAGAAGCUUCACAUCCUGUUAUGAUAGAUAAAAUCGAUGAGGCAGGCGAUACUGAUGAAGCGGUUACACCAAUUUCUUCCGAGUAUUGUCUCACUAGUUCAGCAGAAUCUACGCCUAGAAAACGAUUGCAUAAAAAUUUAACACCGAAACAGAAAAGGACUUUGGCCAAAGAAAGAUAUAAAACUUAUACAAUAGCUGCGGAGCUUGACAAAAAAGAAACGGAUCAACAGGAAAAUGUAGUGCAAGAAAAGGUUUCACGGGGAAAGUGUUCGCCUUUUUCGAAAUUAACACCUAAACAACGCAGACAAGAAGAUAGAGCAAGAUUUCAAACGCAGGUAUUAGAAAAUCCUUUUCCUGAUAUAAAUCAAGAUCAAAAUAAUCAACAAGAAAUUAGUACUAUUUGUGAACAAGAAAAUUCUGAAAAACCAACAAGAGCUAUAUCCCCUGUAAAAUCUGCUAUUCCUACAUUAAAAUUAUCUGCUUGUAAAACAUUAAUUAAAAAACGUACUGAGCAAAAGAAAAAUAGAGAAAGAUAUCGUACAAGAACUUUGAACGAUUCAGAAUGUAUAUUCAAAGAUAUAGAAAAUAAUGCUACAAAUGUAACAGAAGAUAGGAUACCAGAUUCAACACACAAUAUUGAAUCAGAAAUUCAAACCAUGUUAGAACAAAAUGCAACCAUUGUAUUGAAUACAUUAAAUGAAUCAAAUAAAACGAAUGAAACUACAGAGGAAGGAUUAUUAGAUUGCGAAACUAUUAGUUUAGUAUCAAAUGAAUCGGAAUCCGAACGUAAUCUUCGAAUGCGAUUUGUCAACGGUGUUUCGAAAAAGUUAAUAGGUUCAUAUUCUCAACAAAUAGAUAACGUACAGGAACCAAAAAAUGUUUAUAAAGAAACUAUUGAAAUUGAAGCACCUAAAUCACAUGAAGACAUCAGGUAUACCGACAACGUGGAGACUGAAAGCGAGGAUGAAUCAAAUAAUAUUGAAGAUCCACCUAGAGAAACAAAAAGACCUCGAAUAAUUAAACCAGGAAUGGUAAGGGAUCCCAGCAAUGAUUCCAAUGCUACAGAUAAAUCAGAUCCAGAAAGUCCAAAGGCUAUUCGAGGCAGAAGAAAAGCUCUCUAUUCAAAUCCAAUUACACGAAAACCAACACCACAAUCGUCUCCAUUAAAACAAGUGAAUCCUGUUAGUGGAAUACCUAUAGGACGCAGUAAUACUUCACCUAUUGUAAGAGCCACUAGAGCUACUACCCUCAGGCAAAAUAAUAAUAGUCCAAAUGUCAUGAUGAAAGAAUCUGCAAAAUCAAAUAUAAAUCUUAAAGCAACUUCUAAUUCAACAGAUGAUAAAAAAACAAAAGUUUUGUCUAUAGCUGCAAAAAGAGCAUCGGUUCCUCAAAAAGGAUCGUCGUUAACUUUCACAAAAUCUGUAAAAAGACAUAGCACACCUCCAACAUGUUCUUCUUCAAAUUAUCAACAAGAGACCAAAUCAGAUGUAACAGUGAAACCUUUAGAACGACAAGGUACGUUUACCAAAGACGAACCAGAAGUAGAAAAUGCUCCUACCGUAGUUUCUACAUCUUCUUCUCCGAUAAAAACGAAGAUUGCAAAACCUAUUAGAGGUGCGACAUCCAAGAUACAUCCAACAACAGGGAAACCAAAAAUUUCACCAAAGACACAUCAAGCACACCAAUCGAAAUCAUCAAAAGGAAAUGUUUCAGAAAAGAAUCAAUCUUCAAAAGCGUUAUUAGUAACUCCAAAACGAUUACCUACAGGAAAAAUGACUCCAAAAAUACCAGUUAAUAAUCAAAAUACUACACAAGCAGAAAACGGUAAAGUCUUUCGAAAGGUAGGUCCUCUUGGUCAGAGAUCUAACAGUAAUUCCAGUAUAGUAUCAAAUUCAUCAACUGGAAUGCAGACUAGAAAAUUGGCAAAGGAAGCAACUAGUAAAAUUGCAAGUUUGUGGAAAAAAGUAGAAGAGAGCAAGAAUAAGCAACGGUUUGAGAAAUCAGAUACUAGGCAAUGGGUACAGCCUGGCAAUUGUGCCAAUGAUGUAGAUGCUCCAAUUUUAGUGAGCAAUCCACCAACUUUUAGAUUAUUCCGUAGCUCAACAUUUGAAGGAGUACCUCAAGAGAAUGAUAAUCCUGAAUCAGCUUUGUACAAAUCUAAAUUGAAAAGACCGUUGGUAAUGGGUGUGCAACCUAGUAAAGUGAAAUACAGAAACUCUUGUGAUUUAAGCGGAAUGAACGCGAAUGAUGCUCCUUGCAAGAUUCCUGUAAAGUCUAGCGAUGCUUCUACGUACAAGAAAGAUACCAUAGACAUAGGUGAUGCUUCAGUUGUUUUACGAAAAUCACAGCAUACUGAAUCCUCCACGAUAGAGAUAGAUCCUACGAAACGGAUAUCACGUCUUGGUUCCUUUAUACGAGUAGAUUCAAAUGGAGAAGGUUCUGCACAAACAUAUGUUAGUGGGGCUGGUAUGCGUACACCCGCAUCCGCUAUCGUACCGCCUUUUAAUUAUAAUCCGAAGCAAGAUAUUUCACAAGCAGCCAAAGUAACGCCUGAUGGAACUGAAAGCAAAUUUAAAGUGACAGAUUGUCAUAGUGACAUAGUCACAGCUUCUACAAGAGUAACAACAGUAUAGUGGGAAUUUGUUAUAAAAUAAAUAAUUUCUUUUUUCAUAGUAUCGCUUUUCUGUUUCGGGCUAGUCAUUGUACAUUUGCUUUACUGUUAUAUUGAUCAUAAAUCAAUAUGCAGUACAUAUUAAGAGUACUUGAUAAGUAAAGUUUUCUUUUUUUACCUCAUCGUUUAAAGAGCACCGAAAAUCUUCAUGGUAUCUCACUAAUUUUUACACACUGAAUAUAAGAAAAUAAUUAAUUGAAUUUUUUUUUUUAUUAUGCAUGUGCAUUGCAAUGCAAUCUUUUUUUUUUU